GUUUUCAUUUGACGAAACUGAGAUGGCCAGCAGAUGAACAUUGUCAAACAAGUCAGAGACAAAAGAACAUAAUUUUCACUAUUGUGGCAUACUGUGAUCAUAUUAUAAGCAAAUAUUUUAAAAGGAAUUCUUUACAAACAUAGAUGGGAUCGUAGACAAAAGAGAGAAUGCACUUUAGUUCUGCUUUGUAAGCCAAGUGCAGAAGGAUAGCCUAAACCGAUUAUUUUGGUGUAGGCCCGUAAACUUGAAUAGGGACUGUCGAUUGUCGCUGUCUUUUAACCAAAUUUAACAUAGAAUUCAUUUAUUAGGGAAACAAAUUGGAGAAAUAGGAUCAAGCUGGAGUGCUGAAAGCAAAGGAAUGCUUUACCAUUGCAAAUAACAUCCAAGGUGGUUUCAAGGAAUCAUAGUUUUUAAAGUUGCGAUUUGUUUCAUGAAUACUACAGGCACGCUGUCAAUAUAUCGGAUCGUGAAGAUAUAUAUUGUGCUUUUUGAGAAGGAGAGAAAAGGCCAACAGCUAUAGCUCGAGUUCUUCUCGUGAGAAAUAUUCGCUUCGCUCGUUCAAUUUGUAUCUAGUCGGCAGUUUUGAUGCGAUAAAUUGAUAUUGGAUUGAACUAAAGUGUGCGGUGAUUGAUAACCUUGUCACAACAGCAAUGCUUCGCUGAUCUGAAAAACUUGCUAUGAAAGACAAAACUCUUGAUCGCUCUAGAACACGAUCAAGAAGUCAGAUGUGGCAUAUUUUUAAUCCCAGUAUGGCACACAGUUUUAAAACGGAAAUUGCCUCUCAACAGACAACACAUUGGUGUUGAAUUGAUUCUUGCCGGGCCGUGUCAAUAAAGUUUGAUAAAUAUUGAAAAAAAUCAGUCAACAAUACUGUAUAAACAUAAGGAAACCCGGGAAAACUGACAAUGGAUCUUGGCGAAAUCCAAAGCGAAAACACAACUGAGGAUUCAAAACAAGAGGGGCCUAUCGAAUCGCCCUUCAAGCUUAUCAAAGUGAAGGGAAACAACGCACUGCCGCUGCUGGGAGUAAGUCCUGCAAAUACGUUGCCAUCGCCGACAUCAAAAAGCCCUUCCAGCGACACUGCUUCUUCAUCGCUUUCCCCUACAUCCCCAACAGCCCAGGCACUAAGCUCGAUAUCUUUGAACCCAUUUUCCCUUAGCAAGUUGAAGAAAACGACGACAACUGCUGUAAAUGGCACAACUAUGUCAAGAAUUUCCCCGCUUUCGGGCAUUGGGAAGGACCUCACCCCCGAGCAACAUAUUGCAGAAUUGCAAGACGAAGUUGCAAGUUUAAAAAAAGAAAUUGAAUCCAAAGAUGCCAAGCUGAGUUCAAGUAUGAGGAGUAUAAAAAUGUUUUGGAGCCCUGAACUUAAAAAGGAGAGAUCGGCUCAUAAGGAUGAUGUUGAAAGGAUGCUACUUUUGAAAAGUCAAUUCGACAACUUGCAAGCCGAGCUUAAGAAAUACAGAAAUGGUGAAAACAAUUGUGAACAUGGACAGACAUCAGGUCAGGAGAUUCAUGAAGAAAAAUCUUCUGGUUUAUUGAAAAAUGAAAUUGAGAGAUUACAAACAGUGAAUGAAAAAUUAAAGAUGGAUCUUCUAAAAUAUGAAAAAGAAUCAAAAGAUUUGAAAAGUCAGGGAGUAUCAAAAGAUGAAGAACUUGCUUUGAGAAUUAACACUAUUGAAGAUUUGAAAAUGGAAAUGGAGAUAUUAAAAGUUAAAGAACAGGACAAUUCGUUGGCACAAAAUAAUGUGAUGUUAGUAGAAGAAAAAUUAGCAAAAGUGAACACCAAGCUGAAGGAAAAGGAUGAGGAUAUAGAGCAUUUGACAAAGAGGAUAAAACUUCUAGAACAAGGAAAAGGAGAUUUUGAUGAAAUUAUCAAAAGGAAGGAAUCUUUGAUCAAGGACUUACAAGAAAGGGAAGAACAAUUUAGAAAAGAGAAUAAAGCAUUGAAUGGCAGCUACCAAGAGAUUGAGGCAAAGUGCAAGGAACUUGACAAGCAAUUGAAGGAAAAGAAAGAAGAAAAUAACUGUUACAAAGAUCAGACAAAGAAACUUCAAGUUGAUCUUGAAACGAGUAUUGAAGAGUGCAAGUCGUUGCAGAAAACACUGGAGGAUACGAGGACGAAAAUUCUAGAGCUUUGUGAGGACUUGGAAAAAACGAAAGAACAAGUUGAGAAUAAAGAAGACGAACUGUCAUUCUUAAAAGAAGAGGUCGAAAAAAUGAAGGUCACUGUAGAGAAAAAGGAAGAAAUUAUUAAAGAACACGAGGAAAGUCUGGUUAAUUUGAAAGUGAUGAGGAGAAGGGAGUCAGUGGAAGUCCAAGAUUUGCGAAGCGUUGCUGACGGUAAAAGCAAGGAAUUAGAAAGUUUAACUAAGAAGUAUGAUGCACUUGAAGGAUACCUAUCCCAUCGAGAGACUGCUUUGUCUCACGCACGUGACGAGUUAAAUGAUGUCAAAUCCAAACAUGCAAACUGCACGACAACGAUCAAAUUCAUGGAAAAUCAAAUCGCUGAUAAAGACCAGCUGAUAUCGAGGCUAGAAAAACAGCGCAACCGCUUGGAGAAGGAAAAGGAGGAGGAAACGUCGAAUCUUAGCAACAACAAAGAGCAAAAUGAGGCUAAAAUGACGUCAUUAGCAACACAGGUCGAGGAAAAAGAGACGUUAAUUAAAGAUUUAGAAGAAAGGAUUGAGAAGCUCCAAGACGAUUUAGAUAGGAGCCAAUGUGAAAUUGAAGAAGGAAAAGAGGCAUUGGUAGGAAAAGAAGAUAAAAUUGACACUUUGACCAAAAACUUAGCUGCAACAAAUGACACGAUCAAGAACCUUGAAAAGUCUUUGAACGAGAAAAAGAAUAAAGAGGAGAACGAUAAAAAUUCGCUUAAAGUUGUAGACGAUCCGCAAAAACGAUUUUCCGGAAAUUCUCCUGUUAAGGACAGCAAAAUGAUAAAGCAGCUGUGGGAUGAGAUUGCAAAGAAAGACAGCAAAUUACAGGAUCUCGAAAAGCAAUUAAAAGAUCGCGGAAAACAGCUUAGCUCUUUAAGGAAAACGCAGAAUUUGGAAAAGCAGACACAAUUUUUAACAGACAAGACAAAGAAAGACGGCGACAGCAGCGAGCAACUGGUCGAGUUCAAGGAGGAACUCACAAAGAGAGAUGAAAGAAUCGCUAUGCUAGAAGAUGCACUACGGGAAAGUGUGAGCAUUGCAGCAGAAAGGGAGGAGCUACUUGCACAACAUGUUGAAUUCUCAGAAGAGGCAGCUCAGUCUAUGAGAGAGCUGGAAACAGAUACUGAUAAACUGACUAUGGAGAAGGGAAUAACGAAUAUAAAGAACGCUUUUCUCAUAUUGUCGCUUGCUGAAAGAGAUACUUUGCUGGCAUCGUUAAAGGCAAUGAAAAAACGAAAUAUGGAGGAGCUUAUGAAUAUCAGGCAAACUGCACUACUGGCGGCAAUUUCUGAGAAAGAUUCUAAUAUUGCCCUGCUCGAAUUGCAGUCAUCUUCAAAAAGUAGAAAACAAGAAAUCAAACAGUGUAAACAAGAAAAAGAUAAGUUAGUGAACGAAUUAAAGGAACAGACUCAACAAAGAAUUACAAUCACAAACAACGAAGAUAAUAAAGAUGGCUUCCUGUUCAAAGAACUGGAAGAUUCUUCCAAUGAAAUGAUUUUGCAAGCCAUGCGAAGCUUAACAGACAGCUGCGACAAACUGGAAUACUACAUCGAUGCGUUGAUUUCGUUUGUAAAAGAGAAGAACCUAGAAAUCCUAAAAGAAAUGCCCACAUUGCAAAAAAGGAGUCAGAAGUCAUUAGAUAAAUUGAGAAAUGCAAGCAAAAGUCAACUUUUACGGGAACUUCAAAGAUGUGAAGAAGACUGUUCACAAUUAAAGAGUUUUGUUGACAUCCUUUUAGAAAAGUUGGAAGGUUGAUUGACGUCUUCUCGGUUUUCGCUGUUUCUUUAGAAUUAGUGAUAAACGUGGCCUUGUUUUGAUUUACUUUUGUUGUUGUUGUUGAAGCAACGAGACUCCUUUAAAACAAGUGAGCCUUACAACGCUUCUGAAACUGACCUGCAAGUUUGUAUAAAGUCAAAGCUAAAAUUUCAAAGUCUUUCAGUUAUUCCAUUUUAAUUGAAAUGAUUGAACGCUCAGAGUUUCUUCUCAAGGGAUAUUCGGUUGGAAGGGUAUGUGUAAUAAGAACAACAUAAUAUUUUCAUUCAUUGAUAAUUCAACGAUAACUUUUGAGUGAGCCAGUGGGGUAUUUUGUGGGAGGGAAAUAUCAGAAAUAUAGGCGGUAGCUUUCUCCAUUUUUUAUUGAAUAGUUACCAUACUCUUCCUUCGUUGCACUGUUCCUAAAAACAGCAAAGAAGGUCCCUUUUUAUAGUGCCCUUGUGUUGCAGGGCCCUGAUAAAUAAUCUGAAAAUUCCAGUCCCGAAUUUCUGAUACCUCUCUGUAUGAUAUUGGGUUGGGCAUGGGAUCGAGGCGAGAUAUGAUUGAGUGCCUUUGACCUAAUCUAUAUUUGCGCGCUUAGAAAACGGGACUGUCUCAUUCAUUUUUUUCAGAGUCAGUAAGCUGCUUGGUGGGCCCUAUCAUUGACUUCCUUUUGUAACUGUUAUCUUUGUCGUUAAUUGUUUUUGAGGUCCAUUGCAUAUUCUUGUUGUUUUCUUUAUAAUUAAUUUAAUGUGUUUUGCUACUUAUCAAGCAAUAAAUUACGACUUUUCAAUUGUUGGCUCAUUCCCAAUGGGUAUUAACCCCCUAGUCUGUAAUGAAUAUAUAUGCGCUUUCAUUUUACCUUAUGUAAGGUUUAUCUGAGCCUUCCAUCUUUUCAGGGGGGGUCUGGAUUUGCCUUGUCGUAACUAAAAAAGGCAAAGUUUUGUAGUUUAGAUUUAAAUUCAACUGUCGUUUAAAAGAUGCAGUAGAAAAUUCGUUUUAUUAGUCUUUUAAGUGGGUUUUUCAUGUCUUGUCGUAUUUGUGACUGACAUUUUGCCACAGACUAUUGUGUAUCAUUUUUAAAAGUAGGUUUACAUUUCUUAAGAGUAGAAUCCCUGCUUAACAUGUAAUACUAUCUUCAUAAAUUUUGUGAGUUGUCCCUUGGACCAUUUUGUAUGUAAUACAUAUACAAAGGUGGGUUUUUGUAACCAUCGUUAAAUCGUAUAUUGAUUUGCCGUUGUUAAGAAAAGCUCUCAUUUUAUUACCUUUUAUAACCUUAAGAUUGCAUGGAACUUUUUAGGUUGCAGCACUUAUGAAGCAUAAGACUUAUAACUGAUAGAGUACCUAAUAUACCAGGCUGCUUUUUCUUAAUAACGGGGAUCAACUAUACAAGCAACUGUUGGCAUAGCGAUUAAUUUUUGGAGAAGAAAUGAUUACUUCAUACUUAAACUUGUUGAAUUAGAAAAAGGGUAAAGUUUAGCAAGUCGAUGUAAACCAAUUUGUUCUUAAAAUAGGACAGAGUGCUCCUUGCUGUUAGAUGCUUUGCCAUGGUCAGAUCUUUUGUUACAGUAUUUAAGCUUUCCAUCACGUGCUUUCCCCAAAUUCGAAAGGCUCCACUUUCUGUAUCUGACCAUGACAAUCAAAGGCAAUAAUUGUUUCGCAUUUAAAUUUUGGACGUUGUAAAAUAAUUAUUUGAAUCCAAUAAUUGAAGCUAUGCCUGCAGUUGCAGCUGUUAUCCAUUUUUUAAGCUUUUUUCAAGAAUAUGAUGAAAAAGGACUUUGAUAUUUCGAUUUGCUAAUGUUAAAAUAGACAGCCAGAACGUUUUCGAGCAAGGCGUUUUAGUAGAAAAGAUAAAUUUUCCCUUUGUUAACUCAACCCUGAGCUAACCCGGCAUUGCCAUCCUUUGGAAGUCCAACGUCAGAUCUGCAAAACCAUUGUUCUCAAUUUUCAGGGAUUCUCUCUAAAAAAAUGUCCUCAAUCUUUAGAGAUUCUCUCAAAUCAAUUUCUUAAGUUUCUGUUUGUUCUUUCACGAACCUUUUUAAGGAACGUUUUUCUUAUAAUUACCAGAUUCAUGCAUUUAAAACACCUUAAAAGCUAACUGUUUGAAUGAGUUUCUAUCCUCGUUUACAAAUUUAGGUUAGGCCCAUAGAUAAACUCAUCAAUUCUCGUGCGAUUUUACAGAGAAUUACUCUUGUGCAGGCCUGUUCAAAGUUUUCCAAGAGAAUAUGGAUGGCCUUGACGGAUUAGCCAAAAGCAACCAGCAUUAGUUUAUCCGAAAUUUAACUAUGUAUUAAGAUAUUUUUAUGUAAAAAUAUUUGAAGGUCAAAUACAUAUGAAAUCUUUUAGCUGGACAAACAAUAAUAUCAAUUUAUACUUCGUUAGCAAUUUAUAGAUUAAUUCAUAUAUUAUAUAUACAUUGUAUUAAGUAAAUUUAUAACCGAUGCAUUAUACAAUUUUGAAACUUGGAUAUGCUAUCUACCUUAAUUUACCAAUUGACUUUUCCGAGUAUAGUAGUUUUAGUUGCAGCUAAGGUUUUCAUGAAAACGAUGUUAGGUAACUUUUUGGUUCUGUUUAUACGACAUAUAAAACUUUGGUGAAAUUUAUAUUUAUAUCUUAUUGGCUA